AUGGACGCCGAGCAGGUGACACAGCCCGGGCACACUUUGGUGGGCGCCGUGGCUGCGAGUCAGCUCCUGACCCUGGUUCAACAACUUGUGGUCAUCCGAAAGCUGGGCAUUGAGUGGCAGGAGCCUUUGAAGGAGUAUCUGGAACUACUGGCAGUUUUCGGCGUGGACUUGGACAUGCUCUCUCUUUCAUGUAUCGCCAGUGUGAGCCCCGUUUUGAAGUAUGUAUUGGCUGUGUCAGCUACGCCCAUUCUGGCAGCGAUCGCCCUGCUGCUGCAUCUCUCAGCUCUUUUCUUCAAGAAGUAUGUCAAGCAGGGCCUCCGUGUGAGGCUGGACCUCAGCGCGCUCCUGCGGACGGUAGGAUCCCUCAUCGCGAUCCUCUUUAUCAGCAUCUUCACAUCUUUGGUGGCGCCCUUUCAGUGCAACUUGCACCCAAAUGGCCGCAUGACCGUGCAAGAGUACGGCUCGGUGUUCUGCACCCUGGAAAACGAACACUUGCAGAUGAGCCUGAUCGGUGCUGCAGCAUGCUUGAUGCCGCUCUGCUUCCUUAGCAUCUGCUUCUGGAUCAUCUUUCUGAAGCUCCCUCGCUGGUUGCGGCGUGCCGAUGCUGUGUAUUUUCGAGCUUGCUCCUUCUUGUGGCUGCGCUAUCGACCUGGUGCCGAGCGCUUCUCCAUUUUCUUUCUCUGCCGAAAUGCUCUUUUUGUGCUGUGCCCUUUACUUCCCUCCCUGUCCAUAAAGCUGGUGGUGCUGAAUGUGCUCCUUUACUCGAGCUUAAUCGCCACGACGCUGAGCCAACCCUGGCGCGUGCCGGCAAGCAAUGCUCUGGACGUGCUCCUGCACGUUGGCCUGCUCGUGGUCUUAUAUAUGGCCUCCAUGUUCGCGGGCCACGAGGUGGGCACCACGGGCCUCAUAAUGGCAACAAUGAUUUCUUUGGUCUUCAUCCUGAUGAUGGUGGCCGCGAUCGUCGCAACGAUGCUGUAUGGGCUGGGCCUCUAUAUCCUUCGCCAACGAAG